AUGCCGAACCCUCCCCCCCAAGACUUGGUGAUUCGACAGGCCAUCUCAGUAUCGGACAUUGAUGCGGCCACGAGUUGCUUCCGCGCAUACACGGAGUGGCUGAACAUGGACCUGGCCUUCCAAGAUUUUGGGACCGAGAUCAGCACCUUGCCCGGCAAAUAUGCCGCUCCCAAAGGCGCCCUCUUGCUCGCGUGCGAUCCUUGCUCACAGGAAGUGCUUGGCUGCAUUGCUAUGAGACCGCUCGAUUUGCAGCCGGAGUUCCGAACCAAAAGACGGGCCGAUGCUAAAUACUGCGAGUUGAAGCGGCUCUACGUCUAUCCCUCUGCCAGAGGACGGAAUAUUGCGAGGCGGUUGGUGGUUGAAGCUCUCCGAGCCGCGAAGGACCAAGGUUACAACGAGGCACUCCUCGACACGCUCGAGUCAAUGACCGCAGCCAUCUCACUUUACAGGUCACUCGGUUUUGAGGAGACAGAGCGGUACUACCCAAACCAUGGUCAAGGCUUUAUCAACAUGUCUAAGAAAAUUCACCAAUGA